AUGCACAUCUUCAUCUCCGGUGCCACCGGCCGCAACGGCCGCAUCGUCCUCUCCAACGCCCUCUCCCGCGGCCACUCCGUCACCGUCCUCGCCCGCAACCCAUCCUCGUCCUCUCUCCCCUCCCAUCCAAACCUCACCAUCAUCCAAGGCACCCCCUUCUCAGAGCAAGACGUCCAGAAAGCACUCGCAACACCCCGUCCCCCCAACGCCAUAAUAAUAACCCUCAACCAGCGCCGCACGUCCGAUAAUCCCUUCUCCCCCUUAACCCCAGAUUCACCACCCGAUCUCCUGUCCACAACCACAAAAGUCCUCCUCGGGGCACUCAACGGCCUCUUCCAAGCUUCACCGCAGGCAGCCCCCAAAAUCAUCGCCAACUCCCUCUUUGGCGCCCGCGAAUCAUGGGAUUCCCUAUUCUGGCCCGUCCGCGCCAUCAUGUGUUGCAGUACCAUGAAGCUUGCCAUCAAGGACCACAACGAGAUGGAUAGGUUGAUUCGCGAGAGCGGGUUGGCGUUUGUGUGCGCAAGGCCGGCGAGGUUGAUUGAUGGUCCGGCGGGGGAGGUCAAGGUUUGGUCUGAUGAGGGCAAAGGGUGUGGCUGGAAUGCGGUGAUAAGUAGGGAGAGUCUGGGGGCGUGGAUGGUGAGUGCGGCGGAGACGGACGAGUGGGAUGGGAGGUCGCCUGUUUUGACGAAUUGA